UAUAACUGUAUUUAAAAAAGAAAAAAUAUGGAAACUAAAACAUUUAAGCAGUAGAUUAUUAUAAUUUAAGAAAAAGCGCCAAAACAGUGAAUAAAUUUUUAUUUUACCACAAGAUAAUAAAUUCCGAGCAGUAAAACGUUUGCGCACCAACACAACUACCAAAAGAAAUUGCAUAGACAAUUUAAGAACAUACAAGAAGUGGGAAAUUGCUUGCUAAUCAAAAAAAAAGAAAAAAAAUAGCGUUUACUACGAAAAACGCUAAAUAUAUAUAAUAACUAACAAUAUUUUUAAAGUGGAAAAUUAUGAAAACUUUUGAAGAGAUCAAAAACGAAUAUCCUUUGCAUUGGCAUGUGUGGCAAAAUAAUGUAGACGAACUCAGAGAAGCUUUACAGUUGGAAAGGGUGGAUAAAGAAAAAAUAGAUCCCCGCGGUCGUACACCUUUAAUGUUAGCAGUUAAAUUAGCACAUUUACAAUGUGUAAAAUGUUUACUAGUUGCCAAAUGUUCAGCUACUUACGAGCAUGAGGGUUGGUCAAUUGUACAGGAAGCGGUCUGUUCGGGUGACGAAAAUAUAUUAACUGCCAUAUUAGAAGUGCGUGACCUACAACGACAUGUUCAACGUGUAACUCAUGUACCCAAGUUGCUGCGGCAUUUAUUGGAUGCACCAGAUUUCUAUAUCGAAAUGAAAUGGGAAUUUACUUCUUGGGUGCCUCUGAUGUCUCGUUUAUGUCCCAGUGAUAUUUACAGAGUAUAUAAGCGAGGUGCAAAUGUACGCAUUGACACUACUUUGUUGGGUUUCGAUAAUAAUACCUGGCAACGAGGGAAUCGUUCCUACAUAUUUAAAGGAUCAAAGGAUAGUGCCACUAUGAUAGAAAUCGAUCAUGACACCCAUGAAGUGAUGGUGGAGCAAAUGAACAGCGAAAUCGGCGAUAUAGUCGCGAUACCGCCGCCUAUAGGAGCGGUUAGAGCCCGUUUGAAUGCUCCUGUGAUUACUAAUAAUAUUGAAAUGGAAAAGAUUAGCUUUGAGCGUAAUAAAAGUGGCAUUUGGGGUUGGCGCAGUGAAAAAUCUGAAGUAAUAAACGGUUAUAACUGCAAAGUGUAUGGUGCCAGUAACGUAGAGUUUGUUACUAAAACUCGCAUGGAUCAUCUGAGUGAUGAACAGAUUAAGGCCAAAACAUCAAGGACACCAUUUCAUAGUUUUCUGGGCAUAGCUGAGGAAGAAUAUAUAACAAGUCCAGAUUUAGUUAACUACAGAGAAAGAGAUCCAUCGCCGCACACCGAAGAGCAUAAUGAGAAUGGUGAAGCAGCCGCAGCUUUAACUGUAAAUAACUCGCAAAAUUCCGGCGUAAAUUCUUCGAAGAAUAUCAUAACACCUCAAGAAUAUUUCUCACCAGAGGUAGAUUUAACUGGACGAGAUAUAGGACAGCCUAGAAAACUAAACACCAAAAUUCAGCGUUUUAAAGCAAAUUUAUGGCUUUGUGAAGAUUAUCCCAUACGUUUGCAGGAACAAGUACUUCCCAUCUUAGACUUAAUGUCCACAAUGGCCAGCCCACACGUUUCAAAAUUGAAAGACUUUAUUACCAUGCAACUGCCUUCCGGUUUCCCCGUGAAAGUCGAAAUACCUUUAUUUCACGUUUUAAAUGCUUGUAUAACAUUCGGGAACGUUUUCGGUAUGACCACACCAGUGGAAAAUGUGUCCACAAUCAACGAAGAUGAUCGUAUCACGUGCAUCGUAGAUGAUCGUUGCUUUGAUGUACCAGAACAUUAUGCAGAUAAAGGUUCUGACAACAGACGUUUGCAAUUAGCUUUGGAUGAAGAUGAUAUGUUGCAGUAUGCCAUUGAGCAGAGCUUAGCUGAGUCAGCUGGUGUCGGUGGCACCGGUGCUUUCGGUUUACCGAUGGAACAAAAUUCGUCUGAUAAAGUUGAUAUUUGGGAGGCUUUAAGAGGCCAGGGGGCAGGCACAGAUUUCCUUACCGAUGAAGAUGAACAAUUGCAAAGACUUAACGUACCCAAAACAUAUUCCAAUCAGGCUCGUUCUAAUCGUUUAUCGCCGCAAAACUAUUUCCAAUUUGGUCGAAAUACACCGAAACCUACAUCACCCAGCCCUUCGUCUAAUCUGCCAGCAAAACAAGGACACGGAAAUGCGAGAGACACCUUGUCGCUGAGCGCCAGUGAUUUGUCGAAAACUCGUUCCACCUCAGUUCCAAACAGUCCCUCCUUUAAGAAUGAUAUGGCAUAUAUGAAAAAAAUCUUUAAAUAGUAGAAAUUGUAGUACCUGCCCUUGCCGUUGCUUUAAUUACACACAUUUACUGGCUAGAAUCGUCCCAUUAACGUAGAACUACUUUAUAUAUGUCCCGAGUAUUGCUAAUGUAAACGCCUAAAAACUCUCCACUCUUUAUUUUUUCGCUUUUUCUUUUCCUUGAAUUUAUCUAGAGUUCUACAAGAAUCUUUGUACGCAGUUCAUACUGCAAGUUCACCGGCUUCCGACGACGAUGAUGGCGGCUUCAAGUAUAUUGAUCCUGAUUU